GUCUUUCCGAGUUUCCGUAUGUGCAACCUUAAUAAUAUUCCCUGAGAUUUAGAUAUGUCUAUGUAACUAGCAAGCAGGUCACGAGUCUGUUCAUCAUCUGCUGAAGAUGGAUCAAUAUGGGAGAUGUGAAAGCAGUGGUCAGCCAGAAGAGCUUUUUGAUCACUCACUGCAUUGGAGGCAGGUCAAAGAGGAAGCUGAUGAACUCCAGAUUUCAGCUGUGUCGUUAGGAGUUGAAACGUCCCAGGUUUGUCAAAAUGAGGACCCUGAUGAACAAGAUACCUCCUUUAAUCCACUUUCAGACAUCCAUGGAGUCACAGAGCAAGAGGGUGGACAUAAAAGCAUGACUUACCUCAAAGUAAAGGUGCUGCCUUCUCCAGUCCCAGUCAAAGAGGAGUCUGAAGAAUGCUCCCUUUUGCCAGUAGAUGAAGUUGCCUCAAUUACAGUGAAGGAAGAAGAGAAUGAAGACUGGUUGAAGUCAGAAGAUGAGGAUGUUGUGAAAGUGCCAGUGCCUUGGGAACCGUUGGAAACAUCAUCAUCAUGCUCGGAUACAGAGGACAGUGAGAUGGAAAGUGAUAAUGUGCGGGACUGUGAAAACAAUGAGCAUGACGUUUCAGGAGGAUUGAAGAUUGAAGAUUGCAGCAAGACAUCAUUUGAUCCAGGGACGACACUAGAUACAGAUGAGAAAGCUAAUGCUGCUGAUUUCAGUGACUCUAAAAAGGAGUCCUCCUCCUUCUACCCAUGCCCUCAUUGUACGCUCGGUUUCACCAUAGAACGCUUUUUUCACGGGCACAUCAAGAGGGCCCACCCUGAAGAGUACAUCAAUCUGCUAAAGUUUCGGAAAAUCAUAGCAACCAAAGCCACGUGCCCACAAUGUGGCAAGAGCUUCUCCAAUAAAUAUGUUAUGAAAACACAUCAGAAGAGUCACACAGGAGAGAAACCAUAUCAUUGUGCAGACUGUGGGAAUAACUACGUCUUCGCUGAUUCACUCAAAAAACACAGAUGUAGGAAAGGAUUACGAAGACAAACCCAUUUGACCAGCUAUGAAAUGAUCCCCACAGUAGAGAGACCAUAUACAUGCGUUCAGUGUGGAAAAGGAUACAGAUUUCAAACCCAACUGACUAGCCAUGAAAAGAGCCACACAGGAGAGAGACCAUAUAAAUGCUCUCAGUGUGGAAAUGAAUACAGAAGACCAGCCCAUCUAAAAAGACAUCAAAUGACCCACACUGAAGAGAGGCCGUAUGAUUGCCUCAGGUGUAAGAAGUCAUUCUACCGGACGGAAACUCUAAAAGCACACCAGAAAACCCAUACAGGAGAAAAGCCUUAUCGGUGCUCUCAGUGUGACAAAAGUUUUGCCUUUUCCAGAGAUCUUAAGAGACAUCAGUUGACACAUACAAGGGAGACCCACACUGGACAGAGGUCCUAUGAUGUCCACGAGUGUAAGAAGUCCUCCGGCCAGCUGGAAGCCUUCAAUGCACACCAGAAAACACACAAAGUAGAAAAGCCUAAGCCUUAUCAGUGCUCUCAUUGUGACAAAUGUUUCGGCUUUUCCAGAGAUCUCAGAAGACAUCAGUUGACACAUACAGGGGAGAAACCGUUUAGUUGCCCCCAAUGUGAAAAAUGUUUCGGUAGAAAAUGGGAAUUGACGUACCACCAACGGACACACAGCGGAGAGAGGCCUUAUCACUGCUCUGAGUGUGGACAGAGCUUUAGCCUAAGGGGGAACUUUAAACGCCACCAGCAGAGCCACACAGGGAAGAAGACGUUUCAUUGCACUCAGUGUGACAAGAGUUUCUUCAGAGCGGCUCACCUGAAAACCCAUCUCCUCAUUCACAAUAGAACCAAAACAGUGGUCUGCGCUAACUGUGGGAAAGGGUUCAACCAUGAUGGGAACUUAAAACGUCACCAACGAUUCUGUAUGAAGACAGAGCAAAAUUGUAAUGCACCCCCAUCUGUAGAAGUACAGAUAUGAUAUUUAGUGUGCUGUCAGAGGAUGGGAAUAAAUAACAUAUUACGAAUGAUAUAAUAAUGUACUAUAAUGCCAUCUCAUUAUAAGUCUGUUCUUCUUGGUACAUUUAUCUCUAGUUCAAAAUCAUUUAAGAGACAGGCCUUUUUGUUCUCUGAUGACUGUAGGGGAGUAGAAUUCACUUUCAUGUAUGCCCAUUAGGUGGCAGUAAAAUAGGAAAGUAUUUUUACACGGAGUGGUACUUUCUACUUUUCGAGAUUAUGUAUGUGCAACCAGAAUAAUAUUAGCUGACUCUCCGAUACUCCUGAAAAUCAUCCAUGUAACUAGCUAAAGGUAAAGAUAUUUCUGUGUGUAUAUAUAUAUAUAUAUAUAUAUUUAAACAUGAGCUUUAUAAAGCCAUUUGAGGACAAAUUGGGUGUGUAGCUGACUAUACAAGCCUUAUGUUUGCCAGAUAGAAUAAAUUAGGGCAAUUCCACAUAGCGUUACUAGUCGUUUCAAAUAGGGUGCUAGUACGGUAUAACAAAGAGAGUAGCUAGCUAUGUAUGUUUGAAACUGUCUAAAGACCCAUGUGGACCAACAUGUGAAGUUCAUACGAGCAUCAAGUUGGGUGUCAAAUAAAAGCUAAGAGUGUC